AUGCUAACUUCAUGUAAUACGCAUGAUUAUGAUGGUAAAUUACGUCAAAAAUGGUUUGAAAUGCGUCCAAUAUUAAUUGAAAAAUAUCUUCCGAAUUGUCUUUCAUUUGAUGAUACAAUUAAAGAUAUCGAACAAUGGCUUGAUAAAAAAUAUUAUAAUAUUAAACGAAUUGGUCGUGCACGUCGUUCUUUAAGAAUUCUUAUAUCAAAUCGACAUAGUAAUUUUGAUUCACGUAAUGAUAUUGAUGUUGAAGAACUUUUACCUAUUCUAUGGGAUAAAGUUAAAAAUCAAGAAGAUAUACAUGAUACUUUCUAUGAACAAUUAUGUGAUAUUACUGGUGGAAGUUGUUCUCAAGGACGUUCAACUCGACUUUUUCAAUUCUUAUUUCUUUUUGAUUUACCAUUAGAAAUAUCGAAGAUCGAAGAAGAAAAAAUAGAAACAUCAACUGAACAACAAUCAAAAGAAAAAAAUUUACCAGAAGCAACAUCAAGCACAACAUCAAGCACAACAUCAAUAGUCAAAGAAGAAAAAACAGAGAUAUCGACUGAACAAGAAUUAAGAGAUAAAGAUCUAUCAUCAGAAACAUCAAGUAUAACACCGAAAACCGAAGAAGAGAAAAUAGAAAUUUCGACUGAACAAGAAUCAAUAAAAAAAGAUUUACUAUCAGAAACAACAUUUAAUGAGAAUUCAGCUUCAAUAUCAAAAGAAAACCAACAAUUACAAGAAAAAUCUAAAUCUAAUGAAGAACAGUUAUAUACAGAGGAAAAACCAAAAGAAGAACAACAAUUAGACGAAGAUCAACAGUCACAAAGAAAUCAAUAA